GAGGGGUGAGCGGGCUCGGGGGCAGUGCUGUCAGGGCACAUUGCCAGCUGCUCCAUGCUUCCCUGGUGUCUGCCUGACUGCUGGGCUCUGUGAUGUCCUCCCAGGCUUCUGGGCUUGACCUGCUUAAAUCACAGCCCCUGGAGCAGGUACCUGUUUUAGAGGCAGAAAGGGAUGUGAACUUGGAGGCAGAAAAGAAAGAGGCUCACUUGGUCUGGCACAUUCUCCCCUUUAUAAGGAAGAGGGGCUGUGUGUGGUUGUGUUGGGAUGGGCAGAUUUUAGCUGUGAGAAGUGAUCAUCACCUGAGCUGGUGAGAGCUCCCUGCUCCCAGGGGCCUCUUUCCAAUCAAUUCCUCUCCCGCCUGACCUCCCAGCCAUAGAGGGCUGAUCUAAACCCUGUAAAACCAGGGUUUAGGCUCUGACCCACCUGUAGGCAGGAUCAGACUCAGGGUGUCUCAUGGUCCCCCAGAAAAGGUCCCCUGAGACAACUGGCCAACCUCAUCCUCAUCAGGCAAGUGCCUUGAACGCAAGAGGCUCAGAAGUGACCUGGCAGGAGAGCCUUAGCCCAAUGCCUCAGGCAGCAGGCAUCUCCAUCACGGGAGACGUCACACCCAACACCUGAGGGCCCUGUCACCCCGGCUCUGGCUGCAAAUAGCACGAGCUCUCUGAUGAGGCCUUGCCUGCCAGCCUGCCCACCGCGGGGCAUCAACCACUUAAUUAACAUCGGGACAACUUCCAAGGCUCACACGUCAGAGGCCCUGGGAAGCCCAGAGCAGCAAGGCUGUGCCAUUAUACUCAGCACCCUCCCCAGAGCUCAGGCCCGGCUGUAAUCCAGUUAGUUCUCUUCCAAAUUAAAGAAUCCAAAUCAAAAUCUCUCUCUCCACCUAUAAAUAAUAAGCCGGCUCCCACCAGAAUGGCAUCUAGAAAAGCAAUUUCCUCUGUGGCCAUUAAGAAUAAUCAGGAGAUACGUUCGGUAGAUUACUCCUUUCUGCCCGUGGACGCCACCGAGUAAGCAUCGUUGACGUUUCCCCCCACCUCCACUGCCGUCGUGUCUAAGUCAGAGUCACCCAAAGAGCCCGAACAGCUGCGGAAGCCCUUCAUCGGAGGUUUGAGCUUUGAAACAACCGAUGAGUGUCUGAGGAGCCAUUGUGAGCACUGGGGAGCGCUCACAGACUGUGUGGUAACGAGGGAUCCAAACACCAGGCGCUCCAGAGGCUUCGGGGUUGUCACAUAUGCCACUGUGGAGGAGGUGGAUGCGGCCAUGAAUGCAAGGCCGCACGAGGUGGAUGGAAGAGUUGGGGUACCAAAGAGGGCCGUCUCAAGAGAGGAUUCUCAAAGACCUGGUGCCCACUUAACUGUGAAAAAGAUUUUUGUUGGUGGCAUUAAAGGAGACCCUGAAGAACAUCAUCUAAGAGAUUAUUUUGAACAGUAUGGGAAAAUUGAAGUGAUGGAAAUCGUGACCGAUCGAGGCAGCGGCAAAAAGAGAGGCUUUGCUUUCGUAACCUUUGAUGACCAUGACUGUGUAGACAAGAUUGUCAUUCAGAAAUACCACACUGUGAAUGGCCACAACUGUGAGGUAAGGAAAGCCCUAUCUCAGCAAGAGAUGGCUAGUGCCUCAUCCAGCCAAAGAGGUCGAAGUGGUUCUGGAAACUUUGGUGGUGGUCUUGGAGGGGGUUUUGGUGGGAAUGACAGCUUUGGUCGUGGAGGAAACUUCAGUGGUCGAGCUGGCUUUGGUGGCAGCCGCGGUGGCGGUGGCUAUGGUGGCAGUGGGGACGGCUAUAAUGGAUUUGGUAAUGAUGGAAGCAAUUUUGGAGGUGGUGGAAGCUACAAUGAUUUUGGCAGUUACAACAAUCAAUCUUCAAACUUUGGACCCAUGAAAGGAGGAAACUUUGGAGGCAGAAGUUCUGACCCCUAUGGUGGUGGAGGCCGAUACUUUGCCAAACCCUGAAACCAAGGUGGCUCUGGUGGUUCCAGCAGCAGCAGUAGCUAUGGCAGCGGCAGAAGGUUUUGAUUACUGCUAGGAAACAAAGCUUAGCAGGAGAGGAGAGCCAGAGAAGUGACAGGGAAGCUACACGUUACAACAGAUUUGUGAACUCAGCCAAGCACAGUGGUGGCAGGGCCUAGCUGCUACAAAGAAGACAUGUUUAGACAAUACUCGUGUAUGGGCAAAAAAACUCGAGGACUGUAUUUGUGACUAAUUGUAUAACAGGUUAUUUUAGUUUCUGUUUGGUGGAAAGUGUAAAGCAUUCCAACAAAGGGUUUUAAUGUAGAUUUUUUUUUUUUUUUGCACCCAUGCUGUUGAUUGCUAAAUGUAAUAGUCUGAUCAUGACGCUGAAUAAAUGUGUCUUUUAAAAAAAAAAAAAAAAGAAUAAUCAGGAAAUGCCUUUGAAGACUGAAAAGCCAAGCAUUGUCCCUGGAACAAGAUAUCUCUGAGUUCAGGGGCUUCAUUUGCCAGGCAGAACCGUGAACCAUAUCUGAGCCUGAUGACGCCAGGAGAAUUCAUCUGGAGAGCAAGGCCUCAGGCUCCUCCAGCAACGUCCAGCUCUUAACUCCAUGUGACCUUUCUUUUCUCACGACCAGUGAAAUCCUGCUGGGUUCAGGGUUUCCACAGCCCCGGAGAGCUCCCUCCCACGCUCCUGUUACCACUUAGGGUCAGGGCCCAAGCCCCCAUUCAGCUGGCCUGGGGAAGUGUCCUGAGCCAACAGCUA